GCUACAAAGUUCAGAAGGAUCAAAUCAACUUGGUGGCGAAGUGACGGAUCUCCCAACCACCUCUCUGCGUUUUUGGAAAGAGCUGAAAAAGUUCCUUUAGUUUCAGAGUGAAGGAGGAGAGCUUAACAUCAGCUUCUUGUAGAGUAACUUGAAGACAGCUUGAGUCACUCAUUUUCUUUUUUUUUUGUGGCUCAGCAUCCAGACAGCCAGACCAUGGAGUGGGGAUUACCCUGUCGGACAUCACUCUGGGGAAAGAAGUCGAUGCUUUGGUUUUGCUGCGUUUUGUUUUACGUAGCUGGAGGUAAAGGCGAGAUGUCCCACGCUCACUCCACAUUGAGUGUUUCAGCCCCCCACCUGUACUACGUCUGUCCUGAAGGUGCAACUGCCAAACUCGUGUGUGGCCAGAGAGGGGCGGCCUUGCACUCCAGUGAUGUCUUGAGGCGUAGCUGGCUAUUCACUCCCCACAGCGAUCAGCACUGCAUGGGACGGACAGGCCCACGCUAUACUACGGUUGGUCACUCCCAUGGCAACCAUACCUUGCCGUUAGGGUUGCAGUAUGGAGUUGGAGAGAAGAACUUCUGGGUGGUUCUGCAGAAUGUGACCCAUGCUGACCAGGGUCGCUACUGCUGUAUGGUCCUGGACUUCGAGGUGGACCAUAAACACGGCACCCUCGUGCAGAGACCCCACAGCCAUGUUAUUCUCCAAGUUACACCACGGCGAAAUGGAUCUCAAAAUUGCACUGUCUGGGAUCCCACACCACCUGGCGGCUCUGUGCCAGUGGCCUUGGCUGUAGCAGCCUGCAUCUUGGCUCUGCUUUCUCUGCCUCUUAUUCUGGUGCUCGUUUACAGACAGAGGCACAACGCCCAGUCGAGCAGACGUGCACAGGAGCUGGUGAGGAUGGACAGUGAGGCUCUUGGCCACGAGAACCCUGUGUUUCUUGGAGGAUCACCGCAGAUUAAGACCCGUACUGUUUCUCAGAUCAUGACCAGACAACCCUCAGAGACAGGACGCCACCUGUUGUCUGAGCCAGGAACCCCCCUUUCUCCUCCUGCACACGGGGAUGUAUUCUUUCCAAUAGAAGACACCAUUCUUGAAUCUCCAGACUUCAUGCAGGUUUAAACGGGGUUGGAACCUUGUUCACCGCUAUAACUGCUGACUUGGAAACAGUCUUGCAACUCUCUUCCUCUUCUUGCUGCCUCCAGAGCGCUGUUGCCCUCAUCAGCUGUCUCACAAUAACCUCUGCUGGGAUUGUCGUCUGUAUAUUGUCUGGACCGCAGGAGGGAACGCACUGCAUGUUUUUAUUCAAAAACUAUUUCCGCCUGCAACAACAGCUGGAGGCCAAAAGCAAACUUUAAGCUUGUGUGCACUUGUGUUGUGGCGGGGUUGGGUCUGUGUGUGAUUCUUGAUCUACACACUGAGAAUGACGGGUGUACCAACAGGUAUCCACUGCUUAUGUCGAGGGUGUGGAUCCCGCUGUGUGCAGAGGUGAUAUGUUGAGUGAUGACCUGUUUCUGUGGACUCAAGGGCUGGUUUCACACACCUUACUUGUUUGGUGCAAAUCAAAACAACCAACUGCCUUUACUUGUUUUGAUUCAUUUGGGCUGGUAUACAGGUACACUGUAAUUCAAACCCUGGCGUGGACCACCUGGUUUCUGUCCACUUCCAGUCUAACUCUGAUGCAGUCCAUUUUUGGUGUGAUGCAGAGAAAACCAACCGUAGAUGACAGAAAACGUAUGACAAUGAUUUCCUAAAACCUAAUUAAAUUGACAUGAUCCAUUUGCUGACCUUUGGUCAUAGAAACAAUCUCCCUUUUAUAAAAACAAAAGAUCAUUGGUUUAUACUGUGUCAGCAUGGUAGUGCAGGGAUAUAACACAUCAGAAAUUGAAAGGGGUUUAGACAGAAGUUGUGUGUUGCUUGCGCUCUUCAUUGCAAGCCAAACUGUGACAGAAACAAUCCGUGAUACAUAUUCUUUAUCACUCACAGUCACCGUCAGAGCAAACUUGGUUUUGAUUUUCACUUGCUCGUUCAUUUAGUGCUGAUAAUGAAAGAUGACAAUCACCAAAACUGUCCAGUAAAAAAACACAUCUGUCAGUCCAUGUGACAUCACGUUCACACAUCCCACUUCAGCUGUGAUAAGUCAGUGGGAACAUAAAAUGGACUGACACUAAAAGUCUACAAUGGACCGUUUUUUGAACUCAACCAGGCUGGCUCUCUCUCAUCCCUCUCAUUGUAAUAAAGUGCUCUAACAGCUCCAUAACAAAAGAGUCUCAAUCCUCAGUAGUCUCAGUAUUCUUGUUCAACUUGAGAGUGAUUCAUCUUUUGGCAUUACACUGUUCCUCUGUAUCAUUUCCACUUGGCCUCUUGACUUCUUUUCUCUUCCCUCUUUGCUACCUCAGUUACUGUCAGCUGUGCUGCUCCAAAUACUCACCUUCCUUCCUCUACUCUCAGAAAAGCAGCACUUCACAGUGGCCCUAAAUAUAUUAAGUGCUGAAAGUAUUAAUUAAAAAAAAGGCAAUCAAACAACUGCUUAUUAUUUUUGAUAAUAGUUAAUGUACAGUUUCAUUUCAGGAACAAAAUGAUGACUCAUUUUCUUUUGAAUGUAUCUUAACGGAUUCUUUAAAUACGCUUCAUAAAAGUGCAGACUAAACACUGCCAUCUCAACACUGUUUUCUGAAACAUUUUUGUUCUGUUUUCAUGUCUUGAUUUUAUUGUUAGGAUGUGUAUACAAGUGUUUAUUCCUAGUUUUGGUAUGAGCAAUGGGAUGUUAAUAAGUAAAUACUUUUUUGUGGAGAAAGUUGACCAAAUCAUA